AUGAGUCCUUUGGGCCGGGUAACUCUGCAGCCUACCUGGAACACAGCCCUGCUUGCCGUGCUCUCCCUCAUGUUGCCAGCUCUCAGUGUGUGCCAGGCCUCGGUCCCUGCGCUGGGCUCGGUCAACCCACAGAACUGCCCAGGUGUGUGCUCCUGCACUAACCAGCUCAGCAAGGUGGUGUGUACCCGUCGAAGCCUGCUCAGGGUGCCCCCCAACAUCCCAGCCAACGUCCGGUACCUGAACCUCAUGGAGAACAGCAUCGAGACCAUCCAGGCGGACACGUUUAGACACCUGCAUCACCUGGAGGUGUUGCAGCUCGGUAGGAAUGCCAUCAGGCAAGUCGAGGUAGGGGCCUUCAACGGGCUGACCAGCCUCAACACCUUGGAGCUGUUUGACAACAGGCUGACGGUCAUCCCCAGCGGGGCCUUUGAGUACCUGUCCAAGUUGAGGGAGCUGUGGCUGCGGAACAACCCCAUCGAGAGCAUCCCGUCGUACGCGUUCAACCGCGUCCCCUCCCUCAUGAGGUUGGACCUCGGGGAGCUGCGCAGGCUGGAGUACAUCUCCGACGGAGCCUUCGAGGGCCUUCAGAAUCUGAAGUACCUCAACCUGGGAAUGUGUAACCUCCGGGAGUUUCCCUAUCUCUCCCCGUUGAAAGGCUUAGAGGAACUCGAGAUAUCCGAGAAUGUUUUCCCUGAACUCAGGCCGGGGGCCUUUCGCGGGCUGAAGUCUUUACGUAAACUGUGGAUUAUGAACUCGGCCAUAACGACCAUCGAGAGAAAUGCGUUUGACGACAUCACAGCCCUGGUGGAGCUGAAUCUCGCCCACAAUAACCUCUCCUCCCUGCCUCACGACCUCUUCACCCCCCUGCAGUACCUGGUGGAGCUGCACCUGCACCACAACCCGUGGCGCUGUGACUGCGACGUGGUGUGGCUCUCCUGGUGGCUGAGAGAAUACAUCCCCACCAACUCCACCUGCUGCGGGCGCUGCCACACCCCGCUGCACAUGAAAGGCCGCUACCUGGUGGAGGUGGACCAGACCACCUUCCAGUGCUCAGCGCCCUUCAUACUGGACGCUCCUAAAGACCUGAACAUAUCGGCCGAGAGGGUGGCCGAACUCAAGUGCCGCACGGCCGCCAUGAGCUCCGUGCGAUGGCUCCUCCCCAACGGCACCGUGCUGACCCACGGCUCGUCCCACCCGCGGAUAUCGGUCCUCAACGACGGGACGCUGAACUUCUCCAACGUCCUCCCGUCCGACACGGGGGUCUACACCUGCUCGGUCACCAACAUGGCAGGGAACUCCAACGCCUCGGCCUACCUGAAUGUGAGCAACGCCGAGCUCAACACCUCCAACCUGUCCUACUUCACCACGGUAACGGUGGAGGUGGUGGACCCCGCGGUGGAAGAGACCCCCAAACCCAAGCCCACGGUGCCCGCCGCGCCCUCGGUCUUUCAGCCGGUCUUCAUCUCGACCCCCACCGUGUUGCUCCAGACCACACAGACCCCCAAGCAGGUGGCCGUGCCCACCGCCAGGAUCCCCAGCGGGCCCCCCGCCAGCCUGGACGAGGUGAUGAAGACCACCAAGAUCAUCAUCGGCUGCUUCGUGGCCGUCACCCUGCUGGCGGCGGCCAUGUUGAUCGCCUUCUACAAGCUGCGGAAGCGGCACCAGCAGAGGAGCACGGUGGCCGCGGCCAGGACCAUAGAGAUCAUCCAGGUGGAGGAGGAGGUUCAGCCGGUGCCGCCGCCCACGUCCGGGUCCAGCGGCUCGGACGACACGGUGCUGGUGCUGCCCACCUUGGUGGAGCACAACAGUAACACCUUCAAGCCGGGCUACGUGGCCUCCUCCUCCUCCUCUUCGUCGUGCCGCCGCGGGGCCUACGGACCCCACGGCGCCCACUGGACCCAGAACAACUUAGGUAACUCCCUCCAUCGCUCUGUCCGACAGCACAGCCACAUCAGCACCAUAGCUGAGUCCUACGUCAUUAAGAGCUCCCACGGCAAGGAGAAGGUCCAAGAGACCCAGAUCUGA